AAGGGGAGUGGAAGGCGACGUUUUGGUUUCUUCCCCCUUUUCUCUCUCUCUCUCUCUCUCUUUCUGGUUCCCUCGCUCUCAGUUGGUUGCGGAGCGCGGGGGGGGAAAGGCUUCCGAAACCAAGAGAGAGAAGUUCCUUUUGUGUUCGGGUUUUGUUUUUUCCCCAAGCCCUAUUCGCCCUUCGGGAGCAGCGUGUGCGUGAAGGAGGAGAGCGAGAGAGCCUCGCAUUAACAAAAAAGUCGGGCUACAAUGGCAUCUGGUGUUAAAGUCUCUGACGAAGUUGUCAGCUGUUUCAAUGAUAUGAAAGUGCGAAAAUCAUGCAGCCAGGAAGAGAUGAAGAAGAGGAAGAAGGCAGUCCUGUUUAGAUUGGACAAUGCCAAUGAGAAAAUAGUUGUGCAUGAGGGGAAGGAGAUUCUGGUUGGAGAUGUUCAGAACGGAACAGUUUGCGACCCUCUGCAGGCCUUUAUUGAUAUGCUUCCAAAAGAAGAUUGCUGCUAUGCUCUCUAUGAUGCAUCCUUUGAGACAAAAGAGACCAAGAAGGAAGAGCUGAUCUUCAUCCAUUGGGCUCCUGAUGGAGCAAGUGUUAGUCGGAAGAUGAUCUAUGCCAGUUCCAAGGAUGCAAUCAGGAAAAAAUUCACUGGGGUCAAGCAUGAGUGGCAGGUGACAGCCAUUGAAGAGUUAUUGGACCGCAGUGAACUGGGAUUGAAACUGGGAUCUGGUGUCGUUGCAUUUGAAUCUCAAAGGCUAAUCUAGUGCCAGUACAUUGAGCUUCCAUGUUUUUAAGUCAUGUGCUGUGGGUUUUUUGGCUUGCGGAGUACCUUCCGUUUGUAUAUGUGUCUUUGACUUCCCAUCUGACUUUUACUUAACCUAUUUGUGAUCAGGACCAGUAAUUGACAGGACCUAAAUAGAAAGUUCUGGAGCAAACAAAACAGUGCUGUUCAUCAGGGGCUAGGAGGGUCUGUAGCGAGACUUGAUGGCAAAUUAUUAUUCUUUGUUUUUUCACAUGGCCAAGUCCGGGAUUUGAAGUGGAGCAAGUUGGGGAGGGAAACAUGGGUAUUGAUUUUGUUAAACACCGAUGGCCAAAUUAACUUGUCGCAGCGAUUCCUUGUGGUGUGAUCUGUGGUGUAGUUGGGAGUUCUGACUUCAGUCUGGAUGAAAUAGCGGCUGCCCCCUCAGCUUCAGGAAUGGAGAUGGCUGGAUUGUUUUUAGAUCAUUAAUCAUGCAAGCCUCAUUUCAUACACCUUUGGUGCACACUUGUUUAAAGACUGCACCUCCCUUUUUGAAAAAUUCCAAAUGCCUUUCCCUGAUGGAAAUCAGUAAGUGGGCAGGGGCCUCUGUGAUUUGAUUGGUUCUUCUGCAGUUCAUUCCAUGUGUCAUUCACAUUUUUUUUGCAAGCAUUCCUGAUGUUUUAACAAGAUAUUUCCUGUGCUGAGGGCUGACCUCAAUCUCACUGCAUGUAUCAUGUGACCAAAUUUUCAUUGUGUUGGGGGGGGUUAGGGACUGCCAAUUGAGAAGUGUGAAUCAUUAGUGUAUCUUGCAGAUGGUUAAUCAUUUGGGUAGGAUAAUGGACCUGACAGUUACUAAUGUGGAAGCAGCAUUAUUAACCAUCAAAAUAAACUUAUUAUGGGUA